AUGCCUCCCGCCAAGAAGGAAAUCAAGACCAGCGCCCCCGCUUCCAAGGCCAAGACCAACACAGGCCCGCCUCCCACCACCAAGGCCGCCAACGCACCCACACCCACAGCCAGCGCUGGUGCUGGUGCUGGUAGUAAAGCCACCCCCACCCCCGGUGGGGCUGUGAAGAGCAGUAAAGGCAAGGCUGGCAAGAAGUAA